AAAACGUCACUGGCAGAAGGGAAUUUGGCAGAGUGACACAGAUCCAAUUCUUGUACCAUGAUCUAGAUCAGAUUCUAUAUGAAACCUUAUAAAUCUUGAGAUAAUCCUCUCUGUUCUUCAUGUCAGAAUCAUAAUUAGAAUCAUCGUUGAAUCUUUAUAGAAUCUUGCAUUCAUCAUUUGGAAAAAACCUAGACCGGACCCGGAAGAAUACUUGGCACGAUCCUCAAGUUUCAGAAUUUUGGCAGAUCCUAUCAGCAUUUCUCAAAAAAUUAAUAGGAAUGAGACUACAGUUGAUUGAUAACAGAAUUUCAAUUUCAAUUGGUUUAAGUCUUUCUCCCAUAAGAACAUAAUGACCUAUUUUCUCAAAAUGCUCUCAAACAAAAAUUUUGUUUCUAAUAUAGUACUAUGAACUUAUGCAUGUAAUAUUCGCAUAUAAUUGAGCUCUUAUUGAUGUACAAAAAGAAAUUAUACAAUUUUCAGAAGUUGAGGUUAUCAUGCAUUUUUCUCGUGGGAGUGAAAUGGAAGGAAAGAAGCAAUGUAACUAUUGUCCAUUUCAAAAUAUAAUGUCCUCUAUUGUUUUUUGAAUAACUCGAGAACACAAGCAGCUAGAGAUCUGCGGUUUUGACCAAUCGAAAGAGCAGAUUGGAAGACGCCUUUUUCUCCAAGAAUGUAUGAGAGAAAAUUCUUUUAAAACUAAUUAUUUUCGAAAAACAUGUAAAAGAAGACAUGAAAAUGAGCUGCCAUCCAGAUGAAAUUUUGAUUUUGACCUUUGAUUUAGAUAGAGGAACUUCAAAUCUAUAAUUCAAGAUACAAUGCAAAUUGAUUCUCUUAUUACAUUCUAACGUUGAGCAAAUUGAAUUAUGUGUUUACAUGCACAAACAAUAGGGAUUUUUGCUAAUUUAUUACUAAGUUUUCUCACUUUUUAUCAUAAUAGCUUGUCAUUUCGAUGGAAAUGUAAUGAAAAGUAAGGAAACGCAUUAUAUCUUGAACUACAGAUUUGAAGUCUCUCUAUCUAAAUCAAAGGUCAAAAUCAAAAUUUCAUCUAGAUGGCAGCUCAUUUUCAUGUCUUCUUUUACAUGUUUUUCGGAAAUAAUUAGUUUUAAAAGAAUUUUCUCUCACACAUUCUUGGAGAAAAAGACGUCCCCCAAUCGACUCUUUCGAUUGGUCAAAAUCGCAGGUCUCUAGCUACUUGCAUUCUCGAGUUAUUCAAAAAACAGUAGAGGACAUUAUAUUUUGAAAUGGACAAUACAAAUUUCUAAUUUUAAUGGACAAAAGCAGAUGUUUAUCAAGCUAUUGCGGUUUUUGCGUUCUUAAAAUAUGCAAGAAGAAUUCAAAUUUAUGCUGUUCUAGUUUUUGAUGGAUUUAUUUAUUUAUACUCUUCCAUAAAUAUGUUAAGCUAAAUAAAACCAUCUCAUCAUGCAAUAAAUAAUUCCAACACGAACAUGAAUUGAUCUCUGACAUAGUUACAAGUAGUAAGUCAAAUACUUUUCUAAAAGCAAACCACGAAUAUACGACAAAGAUUAAUAUUUUCCAUCGUAUUAGUGAAAAGCAUCAAAAAAAUCUCUCGAACUUCAGAUUUUGGAAUUUUGUCAAGUAUUUACGAUUGCAACGAUUAAUAAAAGUUAGUUGUUCCAUAGGUUUCCUCUCAGUGAGAACGUGAAGUUUCAAUCGAUUUUGAGCCCUGAAAAAUUACAUUCAGCAGUCGAAAGUACCUUUCGCAUACUUUGUCUUAUUCUGACAAUUCAGCUUGUGAUAGAUUUCAAACGAAGGAAACAUGUGCGAGAUUGCAAGAACGAGUAUACAACAACAGGAAUUAAUGGAGCCCGUCAUUUCCACUAAUAAUAGAGAGGCUAGAAAACGAACAGACUGGGUGAAGAAUGUCUAUGUUAAAUUUUCCCAAAUUUCUCGUACCUAUCGUUUCUUAAUCAUUUUCUAGAGUUUCGUUUCGUACCAGUGCGCCCUGUUUUUACUGACAUUCAUCCAAAUGCUCGAUGGCAACAGAAUGGUCUCACUGUCGCUGGAGGAAAUGGAAAUGGCAAUGGAAUCAAUCAACUCUCAUACUCAUGCGGUUUAUAUGUGGAUGAUGAUCAAACAAUUUAUGUUGCUGAUCAAUUGAAUCAUCGUAUUGUAGAAUGGAAAAGGGGUACGCCGAGUGGACAAGUGGUUGCAGGUGGAAAUGGACAAGGAAGUGGAACUCAUCAAUUAUCUAAACCAUUAGAUGUGAUUGUCGACAAAGAGACUGACAGUCUCAUCAUAUGCGACUAUUCGAAUGAAAGAGUAGUUCGAUGGCCUCUUCGAAAUGGGACAAGUGGAGAAACCAUCAUUUCCAACAUUGAUUGUGUGGGUUUGACAAAGGACGAGAAUGGAUCUCUCUAUGUCGUUGACAAUGGGAAAGAUGAAGUGAGACGAUAUGGAAGAGGAGAAUUUCAAGGAACAGUUGUUGCAGGUGGCAAUGGAAGUGGAAAUCGUCUCGAUCAACUCUAUGGCCCACGAUACGUAUUCGUCGAUCGAAAUAAUUCAGUAUAUGUGUCUGAGGGUGAAAAUCAUCGUGUGAUGAAAUGGGUGGAAGGUGCAAAACAAGGCAUUGUUGUGGCUGGUGGUCAAGGAAAAGGAAAUGGUCUUACACAAUUGUAUGGUCCUCGAGGAGUCGUUGUCGAUGAAUUGGGCACUGUCUAUGUGGCUGAUCGAGGGAAUAAUCGAAUCAUGCGUUGGACGAAAGGAGCUACACAAGAAAGUGUUAUUGUUGGUGGAAAUGGUGAAGAAGGACAAUCGAAUCAACUGAAUUGGCCCGACGGUUUGUCAUUCGAUCGACACGGCAAUCUUUAUGUCGUCGAUUACGGAAAUCAUUGA